ACAAAGGCUGCUGCCACUUCGAAGCGCGCAGUCGCGGCGGAGCGGAUGUUGCUGUGCCGGUUCACAGUGCCACCUCCACGGCCGCGGCCCCUUGUCUCGAGGCUUAAUCUCGUCCGCCGCUGCUCCUCUCUCCUCCACCGCCAGUGGAUGCUGCCCUCCCCGGCCGCCCCAAUCCACAGCAUCUCCCUCUCCUCGUCCUCAUACUCCAGCGACCUCGCCCCCGUCCUUGGUGGCCCUGCUUCGACCGUCGAGGUCAGGGACUUCGAUGCCCCGUCCUUCUACUUGAUCCGGGACGACCUCUUGCAUCCACUGGUCAACGGCAACAAGGCGAGAAAGCUCGAUGCCCUCGUCCCGCUCCUCCGACGCCACUCUGCUACCGACCUGGUCACUUGUGGAGGCUGCCAAAGUGCUCAUGCCGCUGCUGUUGCUGUUUGUUGUGCGGAGAGGGGGCUAAGGGCGCACCUGUUGCUGAGAGGAGAGCAGCCGGAGGUGCCCACCGGCUACAAUCUGGUGUCGUUGAUGUAUGGGAGCGUGAGCUACGUCGAGCGCUCCACAUACGCGAGGAGGGAAGAGAUGCUUCUGAAGCACGCCGAGUCGGUUGCAGGUGGUGAGGGGAAUGUCCUCUGGGUGGAUGAUAUUCUGAAGAAUUCUAAUGGUUUGAAUUUGGACGAGAGUGAUAGUGUGCCUAUGGAUGGCCGUGGAGAUCCUCUUUCGGAGUGUUCAAGUGAAACGAGUUUGAGAAGAGUUGUGAUUGUCAAUGAAGGUGCUUGCAGUAUCGUAGGAUUAUUGGGUAUCAUCCGGCUAGUGAAAUACCUUUCUCAAGCUCACGUAUUUGGAAGAGAUCAGCAAAUUGUUCUAGUCCUAGAUUCGGGUACUGGAACAACAGCUAUUGGUUUAGCUCUGGGGAUCAUAUAUUUUGGGCUUCCAUGGAGAAUAACUGCAGUCACGCUUGCUGAUAGCCGGGACUGGUACAAGGAGCGUGAGAAAUGCCUCAUAUCAAAUUUCAAGAGUAUUUAUGGGUUAGAAACUGUUGAACAAAAUGAGGGAAUCAUUCAUUGGGUUGACCGUCUUCAUCCGAGGAGGUUUGGAAAGGUACUAAAUGGUGAAAUUGAUUUGUGCCGGCGAAUUGCUCAACAAACUGGUGUUCUUUUGGAUCCUAUCUAUACUCUGGCUGCUUGGGAGCAUGCUGUUCUCCUUGCUGAUGCAGAAGCCGAAAGUCAUGCUAAAGUAGUGAUGCUUCACACUGGUGGCACUCUUGGCUUGUUUGGAUUGGCGCAAAGGUAUGUAUCUGACUUCAGAGCUGGGGUACCCACUGUGCAUACCUUGUAGCAAAACAAAUUUCUGUGGUGAUCAGUUUAUCAGGCCAUUGAAGCAUUAUCUCAUAGGCAUACAGUAUGGAGAAGAUAUUGGUAGUUUAUUGCAAUGUUCAUCUCACCUUUGUCACUUGUCCUUUGAAAACAAAAAAAAAGAGUUGAUAGAGUGACCUGAAGCAAAAUAUUGGUUUGAUCUAAUUGCAUAACUAAUGAUUGUCGAUAA